AUGGCUCCGAUGAGACGACCCGCAGCCUAUGCCCCCCUUCCUGUUGGGUAUGCCUGGGCGACAGACAUAGCAGCUGAGACAUCAGACUCAGAGUCAUCAGUAUCAUCAAACCCGUCAAAGUCGGUUGCCAGAGAUGUCCCUUCCCUCCGCCUCAAUAGUUCUCUCGUCUUUCAUAUGGCGGAGCCACAGGCCUGGGUCCAGCUAUCGCCGCAGGCUAAGCUACAAAAAAAGAGAGAACACCUCUGUGCGCAAUGGGGUGAGGAGAAUUUCACCUUCUUCGAAGACGCCCCUGCUGUUCGCAAACACCGUGGAAGAAUCCAAGUGAGGCGCUAUGACUACUAUGCCCAUUUUGAAGUCUGGGAUGCAGAGCACUUCAACGUCCAGUAUCACAACAGUAUGACGUUGCUACAAGACGGACUGAAGAUGAACGAUGAUGACUUCAACAGACUUCAGAGCAGUUUAGGCAUUGUUGAUGCAGAGUUCCUCCACGCGUUCAAUGACUGGAAAUGUCAUUGCGGAUCUCUUGAGGUGCAAGCGGGAAAGCAACCUCCCAAAACUCGAGCAGUAGCUUUGGCGAAGCGGCCACCCACGCCUCCAGCACUGCCAAAGAGCCUCCUCAAGCAAAGGGCCAGACCUUGCGAGUCAGCUUUGGGAAAUCGGCAGUCGCCCAAUGCCACUCUUGGAGCUCCUCGCCCUCCUCAGCUGCCUCCCGACCCUCAACAGUACCAUGGACCUAGCGCAGCCUUGAAUUAUCCCCAAGUCUUUCCUUCCAAGCGCCCUGCACCUCACGCACCUUCCAAUAGUCCCCAAGCUGUUACUACAGCUCCCACAUCCCACGCACCUGGUACACCUCAACAACCUCAAGAAUCUCGCGCACCUCACGCGCCCCUCAAUCGUCCUCAAGUUCACAGUGCAGCUCAGAGAGUUCAGAACCCAAAUCCUCGCAACUCUGCCGAUGCUGUCGUUAGCAUUCACUUGGCUGAUGUAACAAGCAGCCGCAGAAAUCGACUUCUGGCCAAUAACGCCCCAAAAUCACAGUUGCAACCUACCGGUCUCUCAAUGGCUUCUCCUACCCAAAGCAAACGGAUAAAACGAGACUUUUCAGAAGUUGAUGAUUCAACGCAGCAAUACAACUUGCACCAAUACAAUUAUCAGCAACGGUCCUCCCUACCGCAAAAUUUUCAAUGGCCAAACAAACGGACCAGGACUGAGGUGCCCAGAAGAAAGAAAAUCCCGCUGUUUCUGAGACGUGAGGCUUCUCGAACUGUCACACUGCCUGGAUUCAGAGAGACACCACGAAGACUGUGUGACCCAGAAAUGUAUGGUCAAGGCCUGAAGGAGAACCAACAUAAAUUUGCGGAUGAACACGAAUCCUGGCUAGUUGAAUUGGACACUGUGUUCACCCAUGUCGAGACAAGUGCGGAGCCGCUUGCCAAAGACGAGGAAGAGGCAAACGUCAUCGUGAGAAGAACGCUCGCUGAGUUGUUCAGGGUCAUCAAAAACCGAUUCUCAUACGAGCAGGAGCUCAGAGAAUUCGACGAUGCAUCUUCGAUUCUCUUCUAUGGGCACAUAUAUAACUUGUGGAGUAAGGGCGUGGGUCUGGCAGAUCCUUACGUGGUCUGGGCGAUUGCCCAAACCUUCAAAGUGGGCGACCAAGCCAUCAGCGAAAAGGAAACACAGGUGUUGAGGAACGAGAUGUUGCAGUAUGUUCACAACAACUAUUUUGCUCAAUGGUGGCAGAUGGUUGUGUAUGCAAUCAUUACUAGCCGAAAGGCUUGA